AUGGCCUCCCGCAGCCUCUUGACGUCGGCCUCCUCGUCCUGGGGCAGGAUCGCCACGCGGGCCCGGGAUGUACCGCUCCCCAGACAAUUAGCGGCAUCGAUUGGCGUGCGACACAGCUCAGGCAGCAGCAGCUCGACGUCUGCGAUUGCCUACAAGGCGAUCCGGCGCCGCCACGGGCCGCUACCGACCAGCGACUCGCCGCCGGCGUGGUCGGCCCAGGCCGCCGUGUCCAACAUCCUCUACGAGACGCCGACGCCGUCGGUGGCGCCGCCGAAGCGCCACAUCCUCAACUGCCUCGUGCAGAACGAGCCCGGCGUGCUGUCGCGCGUGUCGGGCAUCCUGGCCGCCCGCGGCUUUAACAUCGACUCGCUGGUCGUGUGCAGCACCGAGGUGGAGGACCUGUCGCGCAUGACCAUCGUGCUCACAGGCCAGGACGGCGUGGUGGAGCAGGCCCGCCGCCAGCUCGAGGACCUCGUGCCCGUGUGGGCCGUGCUGGACUACACCAGCGCCGCGCUGGUGCAGCGCGAGCUGCUCCUGGCCAAGGUCAACAUCCUCGGCCCCGAGUACUUUGAGGAGCUCCUUGCCCACCACCGCGAGAUGACGGCCGACGGCGGCGAGGCCGAGAACGGCCAGGAGGCGUACGACCCGAGCGUAGAGGAGGCGGCGGCAGACGACUUCCACCCGAGCCGCCUGGCCGUCAGCCAGGCGCUGAGGCAUAAGCACGAGCACCUGAAGAGCAUCACAUACCUCGCCCACCAGUUCGGCGGAAAGAUGCUAGACAUUAGCACCAACAGCUGCAUUGUCGAAGUAUCCGCGAAGCCCUCGAGGAUAGACUCGUUUCUCAAGCUGAUUUCUCCCUUUGGCAUUCUGGAGUCGGCUCGCACGGGUCUCAUGGCCCUACCCCGAUCUCCGCUCUACGGACCCGAUGAGGACAACAGCACUUCCAAGGAAGCUGAUGAUGUUGUCGACGCCAGCCAGAUGCCGCCUGGCUAA